GCGCUCCUCCUCUUUCUUCCCCCUUUCUGUUUCUCUCUCUACUAUCUUUUGCCCACGCCACACGCCCUUUCUCUCUUCUUUUUUUCAAGUUCCUUUUAGAGAGAGAAAGCAUACACAAAGAAUGCACAAACACUGAAACUUUUCACUACUAAAAUUCGCCUUCUCUUCUACAGUUUUAAGGGUUGCUUUUCUGUAUUUAGUUGGGACAACACUCUUAUCAGUGACUACAAAAGGAAAUUCUGAUUGCACCUCUAAUUUAGUACGACAUCUACUUGGUUCCUUAUACAUGGGAAACAGUGAGGAUGGGAAAUCCUGUAAGCUUGAGAAACCAUCCUCGCCUGCACCGGACCAGAGCAAUCUCCAUGUCUAUCCGGAUUGGGCAGCCAUGCAGGCAUAUUAUGGUCCUCGAGUAGCUGUACCUGCAUAUUUCAAUUCAGCAGUUGCACCUGGUCAUACCCCCCACCCCUAUAUGUGGGGGCCACAGCCUAUGGUACCACCUUAUGGUGCCCCUUAUGCAGCAAUAUAUGCUCAUGGUGGGGUUUAUGCACAUCCUGGAGUUCCAAUUGGAUCUCAUCCUCCAGGUCAUGUGAUUGCGACAUCUCCUGUUGUCAGCCAAGCCAUGGAUGGUGCUUCUUUGAGUUUAGAUGCGUCUGCCAAGUCCUUGGGAAAUUCUGAUCGAGGCUUGAUGACUAAACUGAAGGAAUUUGAGGGGCUGGCAAUGUCACUUGGAAAUGGCAGCACUGACAAUGUUGAGGGUGGAACAGACAAUGGACAUUCUCAAAGUGGGGAAACUGAAGGUUCAACUGAUGGAAGUGACACAAAUGGAGCUGGGGUCAGUGAGAGAAGUAAGAAAAGGAGCUGUGAGACAACUCCUGAUAACUCUGGUGAUGAUAAGAGUCACUCACGAAGAUGUCAACCUUCUGGGGAAGUAAAUGAUGAUGGUGAGAAGUCAAUCGUUAUUGCAGCGAAAAUGACGGGAACAGUACUUUCUCCUUGCAUGACAACUUUGGAAAUGAGAAAUCCUGCCAGUGCACAUAUGAAAUCUAGCCCAACUAAUGGUUCACCACUCAGCCCUGCACUGCCUAAUGAAACCUGGUUACAGAAUGAGCGUGAGCUGAAGCGGGAGAAAAGGAAACAGUCUAAUCGGGAAUCUGCAAGGCGAUCGAGAUUGAGAAAACAGGCUGAAGCUGAAGAAUUGUCAAUACGAGUUCAGGCUUUAACAGGAGAGAACUUGACACUCAGAUCCGAGAUUAACAAAUUAAUGGAGAACUCGGAGAAACUGAAGCUAGAUAAUGCUGCUUUAAUGGAGAGACUGAAAAAUGAAGAGCUAGGACAGACAGAAGAAGUGAGUUUAGGUAAGAUUGCUGAUAAGAGACUGCAACCUGUAGGCACAGUAAACCUGCUAGCAAGAGUGAACAACUCAGGUUCCUCGGAUACAACAAACGAGGAGGGUGAAGUUUAUGAGAACAACAGCUCUGGAGCAAAGCUUCAUCAACUACUUGAUACCAGCCCCAGAAGUGAUGCAGUAGCAGCUGGUUGAUGAAGGGUACAACCCUUACUUUAAUUUGAGAUGUUAAAAUUUAGUCUGAUUGUGUAAUUUUGGCGUAAUUUUAAGUCCAAAAUUACUGCUAACUACGGGAGAGGAACAGCUGAAUAGGAUUACGGAAGUUACAAGAUUUCUAAUUUUACCUACCUAAUUGUAGUUUACAGGUCAGUAGAACCGAUGUGUGCUCUUUUUCACUUGUGAGUUGAAUGUGGCUAUAAUAGCGUAUGUAAAGUUUAAUGUUCGACACUUGAUUGAGGAAAUACUAUGGAACCGAAAUGUUUUGGUUUGGACGAUGAAAGUGAUUUGAUAAAUAAAUGUAGUAUGUUUAUGAUGUUAC